AUGCACGUCACGACAUCCGGUCCAAGUAUGUAAUUAAAAAUAUAUUGUAAUUAUAAUAUACAUACCGCUAAAGUAGGGAAUGCUAGCGUACAUCCAUAGUGUUAGACUUGAGAGAGGGCAAGCUAGCAAUUUGGGAUUGUUUCACAAGGCGGUUUGUAGUAAAUAAAAGCUAUUUCUAAUAGUGAACCAAAAACUCAUUUGCGGUCAUCAGGAGUAUUUAUAUCGAACAGCCUGAUUAAACGACAACGUCGUUGACAUCGAGCCAAGAUGGUGCACAUAACCAACGCGCUAUACAAGGACCAUGCGCCCUAUCGGUCUGAAUUCAUCACCUACGUGAACGGCCACCGUAUCAUGCGAGAUAAUGUACAACCGGAGAUGACGCUGCUGCAGUUUCUCCGAGAAGACCUUGGCUUGACUGGCACUAAACUGGGCUGUGCGGAAGGCGGGUGUGGUGCAUGCACUGUGAUGUUGUCCCAUAUCGACCACAACGACAAGGUCGUUCACAGGAAUGUAAAUGCCUGCCUGAUGCCUCUGUGCGCGGUAGCUAACAUGGCUGUCACCACAGUCGAAGGUAUAGGGAACACCAAGAAGGCUCUGCAUGCGGUUCAGGAGCGACUAGCCAAAGCCCACGGUUCCCAGUGCGGCUUCUGCACACCGGGGAUUGUCAUGUCUAUGUAUACGCUGCUACGCAAUAACUCGAAUCCGAGUGUCGAAGACAUUGAACACGCCUUUGACGGCAAUCUAUGUCGCUGCACCGGUUAUAGGCCCAUCUACGAUGCCUUCCGCACCUUCGCUGGUAUCUACAAAGAGCCCAAGUCAAAUGACACCGGUAAAGCCAAUGGCUGUCCUAUGGGAGCAGACUGCUGCAAGAACGGAGGCUCUGGCAAGAAGGCGCCCACUACACAGGCGAAUGGUUGUUGCGAUGACGACGCUGCGUAUGAGAACACAGUCAAUCCAAACCGCAGCGCGUACACUCCGUACGAUCCAUCGCAAGAGCCUAUUUUCCCACCUGGUUUGCGCCGCAAAGGUGUUCUGACCACUGGGUUGGAAUAUAAGGGCGAGAGGAUGACCUGGUACACGCCUACGUGUCUAGAGGAGGCUCUCCGCCUGAAGCACAUCCACCCCGAGGCCAAGAUGGUGUUCGGCAACACGGAGCUGGGUGUAGAGACGAAGUUUAAGGGCAUGCAGUAUCCAGUCUUCAUUCACGCCAUGCACGUGCGUGAACUGAACGACUUCCAGGAGUUUGAAGAUGGGGUGGCCAUCGGUGUAGGUACCACACUGGCGGACAUGGAGCGACGGUUCCGUGAGAUCAUGGAUAAGAAUGGCGCAGAGAAGACUCAGACUUUAGCAUCUGCUGUGGAGAUGCUGGAGUGGUUCGCUGGAAAUCAGAUCCGGAAUGUUGCGGCGAUCGGUGGAAACAUUGCGACGGCUAGUCCUAUUUCUGAUCUGAACCCACUGUGGGUGGCCAGCGGUGCCUCUGUAACUGUGCAAUGCCACAACAAGGAGCCACGUAUCGUGCCCAUGACCGAGUUUUUCCUCAAGUAUCGCACAACUGCUCUGAAGCAGGACGAUGUUCUGGUGUCUCUGCAUAUCCCGUUCACGAAGAAGAACGAGUUCGUGGAAUCCUACAAACAGGCACGCAGAAAGGACGACGAUAUUGCCAUCGUCAACUCAGCGCUGCGCGUGCGAUUGACUGAUUCCGGGACAAACGACGCUGGCAAACCCAUCUACACCGUUGCCGAGUGCAGCAUGUGCUUUGGCGGGGUUGGUCCCAUCAGUGUGCAGGCCAAGGAGACGGCACAGUGGCUGGUGGGGCAGGUAUGGGGUCGGGAGGGGCUGUUGGAAGACGCCUGUGGACGCCUCACGCAGGAAAUCUACUUACCCGCGCACACACCCGGAGGCAUGGCGGAGUACCGCAUGAGUCUGGUCACCAGCUUCUUCUUCAAGUUCUUCAUCAGCAUUUCUGGCAAGAUACAGCACGACAUCCCCGCGAGCUGGAAGUCAAGUGCCGAACGGUACGAACGCCCUGUGAGCAAAAGCGCCCAGGUCUUCAAACGUAUGGAACCCGAGGCCAAGACCAUGCCCACUCCCCUGCCUCAGCCAGGGCACGAGAUCCUCCACAAGCCUACCGCGCACGUGUCAGCUGAUAAGCAAACCUCAGGAGAAGCUCUCUACGUGGAUGACAUUGUGGAUGUUAAGGGUACACUAUACGCCGGUAUCGUCUGGAGCAAGCACGCCCACGCCGAGAUUUUGGAGGUGGACAUAUCGGUUGCUAUGGAGAUGGACGGUGUCUACGACGUGUUGUAUGCCAAGGACGUCCCCGGCGAGAACAAGCAAGGUCCCGUUAUCAAGGAUGAAGAGCUCAUUCGCAGCAAGACCGUGACGUCGUUCGGGCAGUUCGUCGCUGUCGUACUGGCAGACACACACGAGCGCGCUCAGCUGGCGGCCAAGAAGGUCGCCGUCGAGUACAAAGUGCUCACACCCGUACUGACCAUCGAGGAAGCUCUGGGGAGCGAGAACGCAGGCUUCUCACCCGUCCGUUGCCUUGAGCGUGGCAACGUGCAUGAGGCGUGGGAUAGCUGUGACUAUGUGAUUGAGGGCGAGGCCCGUACCGGCGCGCAGGAGCACUUCUACCUGGAGACCAUGGCGUCGUACGUCAUCCCCAAGGAGAGUGGUGAGUUGGAGAUGCACGUGUCCACACAGGCGCCCACAAAGACCCAGAUGCAGGCGGCCAUCGUUGCGGGUGUGCCAGCGAACCGCGUCACGUGCAAGGUCAAGCGUAUGGGCGGCGGCUUUGGCGGCAAGGAGUCGCGGUCAGUCAUGCUGUCCAGUCUGUGUGCCAUGAGCGCCGUUGUUGUGGGCAAGCCGGUGAAGUGCAUGCUGGAUCGUGACGAGGAUAUGAUCAGCUCGGGACACCGCCACCCCUUCCUGUGCAAGUACAAGGUGGGGUUCAACAAAGACGGGCGAGUGAUAGCGUGUCAUAUGCGCAUGUGGGCCAAUGGAGGCUACUCCAUGGACUUGUCGGAAGCGGUGGUGGAUCGUGCCAUCUUCCAUUGCGAGAACGUGUACCGAUACGCCAACUUCCGAGCAGAGGGGCAGGUUGUGCGUACCAACACAGUGUCCAACACCGCUUUCCGAGGCUUUGGCGCACCGCAGGCCAUGUUCUUCGCCGAAGUGGUUAUGGACGAUGUCGUUCGUACUACCGGGCUGCCAGCUAUGCAAGUGAAGCAGAUGAACAUGUACAAGGUCGGAGAGGAGACCCACUACUGCAUGAAGCUACAACACUACGAUGCCGACAGGUGUCUGGUCAAGGUCAUGGAGAAGGGCCAUUACGAGCAGAGGUGCGCAGAGAUUGCCGAGUUUAAUAGGAAGAAUCGGUUCAGAAAGCGAGGCAUCCAGGCAGUGGGAACCAAGUUUGGUAUCUCCUUCACCAUCAACCAUCUGAAUCAGGCGGGUGCUCUGGUGCAUGUUUACUUGGACGGGUCCGUGUUGGUCACGCACGGUGGUACAGAGAUGGGCCAGGGUCUUCACACCAAGAUAUACGCUGUAGUAUGCAACGAGUUCGGCAUCUCACCUGAUCGCGUGUAUAUCAACGAGACAGCCACAGACAAGGUACCCAACACGUCACCCACCGCCGCGUCGGCGAGUUCGGAUCUGAACGGAGCCGCUGUGCGCAAUGCGUGCCUCAUCAUUAUUGAGCGCCUGCAGCCGUAUCUUUACGAUGAGAAUGAGGACGGCACCAAGACCACUCGCACCUUCCAGGAUGCCGUCAACCGUGCGUACCUUGACUGCGUUUCACUCUCUACCACCGGGUACUUCUCCACCCCCGGCAUUGGGUUUGAUUUCAUCAAGGGCGAGGGCAAACCAUUCCACUACCACAGUUACGGCGCGGCUAUGUCUGAGGUGGAGAUUGACACUCUCACCGGAGAAGUGCAGAUCUUGCAAACGGAUCUGUGUAUGGAUGUCGGACAGAGCAUUAACCCGGCUAUCGACGUGGGCCAGAUUGAAGGUGCAUUCAUGCAAGGCGUAGGCUUGUUCACCAUGGAAGAAUUGCUAUGGAGUGCGGAGGGACGCUUGCGCACGGUCGGACCAGGUAUGUACAAGAUCCCUGGGUUCAGAGACAUCCCACAGACCUUCAACGUACACCUACUAGAGGAGUCCUUCUGCACACGCGCGGUGUACCGUAGCAAGGCGGUGGGCGAGCCUCCCCUGUUCCUAGCUGUGUCUGUGCACUCGGCUAUCAAAGACGCCAUCGCUGCCGCUCGUGCGGAUGAGGGUAUCUCAGGCCGAUUCCGUCUGGAUGCGCCGGCGACCUGUGAGCGUAUCAGAUUGCUGUGUACCGACAAGAUCACAUCACACAUCAAGGUCGGCGAGCUCGAAGAGGGCAAGCAGCCAUGGUUUAUCCGACCGUAAGAAUCAGGACAUACGAAUUGUUUGUUCUCGAAAACUCCGCCGGUUUCACGCGCGGAGUAUCGGUGCACCAACACACAUCAGACAACAAGGAUAGAGCGAAGGCGAGUGUUUUGCAUAAGCUUAGCUGCACCCCUGUGUGUCAUGAUGAAUAAUUAUUUGUAUAAGGAUUGCAGAGAGCCCCCCCCCCCCUUGGUGCUGAACGUAACGUUUCAUGAUUAACUUUGUGAGAAGUUACGUACCGGCGCCUCCAGGGAGCGGACGCUCGUUUUAAGUAUUUAUUUUGUAUUGGAUUUGGGAUCGAUACACAACACGUACAAUUAGCGGGAAUAUCGACAUAUGUUUAGUAAUAUGUUGGAAGCAAGCUUGUAAGACCACUCGUGUGACACCGAGACACUUUAAUUUAAAGUGGUCAAUUGAUAGUUGAAUAGUGUUAGUAUAACUAGUAGCACGCGUUAGUCCGUCAUGGACACGCGGCAAGUGCUAGAGUUGCAGUGAUGAAUAUCACCUUGCAGUAUUGAGCGAUGAUUGGAUCGUUGAAUCAGGUGAAUAGUUGUCACACGCAACGUCUCCUGUAAAGCAUACGGCAACCUAAAGGCCGUUGGGAGAUGGUGGUAAAAUAAAGUUGUGUACUUUUACAUCUA